AUGCCUGCGACAUCGAUGGAAUCGCCAUCCGUGGCUCUAUCAUUCGCGAACAACUUUUGGGGAAAGGAAGAUGCGGGCGUUGGCCCCCUCAUCGACCGCAUGCUUGCUGCCAAGCAGACAUGCGAUGAGUUGAAAGCCUUCUACAGCGCUCGAGCCUCGAUCGAAGACGAGUAUGCCCGAAAGCUGCUCUCGUUGUGUCGCAAAUCCCUAGGUACCCACGAGUCAGGCAGCUUGAAGACAUCACUAGACACUGUCCGUGGCGAAGUCGAAUCAAUGGCAAAGCAACAUCAAAGCAUUGCAGCGCAGAUGAAAACAGAGUUGGAAGAGCCUCUUGCUGCAUUCGCUGGCGGCAUGAAGGAAAGACGGAAGAUUGUACAGAUUGGGAUUGAGAAGAUUCUCAAGACGAAGAUUCAGCAAACACAGCAUGUGAACAAGACUCGAGAUCGAUUCGAGCAGGAAUGCCUCAAGAUCAAGGGCUACCUCGCCCAAGGUCAUAUGGUUAUGGGCCAGGAGGAACGCAAGAACAAGGCCAAGCUGGAAAAGACACAGAUCAGUGUUGCGACCUCCAACACGGAGUACGAAAACGCGGUGAAGGCUCUCGAAGAUACAACAACUAGGUGGAAUCGGGAGUGGAAGGCCGCGGCUGAUAAGUUUCAGGACUUGGAAGAGGAGCGCCUUGACUUUACGAAAAGCAGCCUUUGGACUUUUGCGAACAUUUCCUCCACAGUCUGCGUCAGCGACGAUGCAUCCUGUGAAAAGAUCCGACUGUCGCUUGAGAAAAUGGAUGUUGAAACAGAUAUCGUCAGCUUCAUCAAAGAGCAAGGUACUGGUCAAGAGAUCCCGGAUCCGCCGAAGUACAUCAACUUCUGUCGAGGAGACAUCAAUGAUACGCAAUUAGAAUCAUCUGACGACGACAACUAUUCGGUUGCGCAGUUUCCCAGGAGCAUCAACCCAGCGUUCAGGUCAUCGUCCCCACAGCCCUCGACUUACGAAUCACACCAUGACCCAAACUCAAGCCUCGCUCAAGAUCUUGGGCACAAAGAACCAACCCCCCUAGCCUCAAGAAGUGUCGCUGUACUUGAUGCGGGGCGCAAAGAAGCAAGUCCUUCGGCAUCCAGGCACCCAGCUGCAGACACGUUGCGAACGGAUGCCAGCUCCUCUUCCCGAAACUUCGCACCGGAACUGAGCCACAAACAUGCCAGUGCCUCGUCUAGGGGCCAUGCGCCAGAAGCAGGCCAUGAUGACGCUGGGUCGGCUUCUCCGAGAAAAUAUUUCCAGGAGAUGGGCCGUCGGGAGAUGGUUACAGCUGCUGUUCGUGAAAUGCCACUCCCAGCCCAGAGAAUACCGCCCUUGAUGGAAAAGUCGCGCCAGCCAGCUCCAGUCCCCCAACAGUCCAUCCAACAACAACAGCAGCAGCAGCAGCAGCAGCAGAGCCGGCCACAUCCCGACAAAAGUCACCCUCCCACGUCCGUCAUGGUCCCGCACGAUCCAUACCCUCUCGAUGGCAUGACGAUGCUAUGCCGCACCGGGCCCCCAUCGGAGCGUAGUUCGCAGCCUCCUUCGGCCAGACCAUCGAGCCGUGAUUCUCAGAGCGACUACUCGAACCCGACUUCGCUAUCAAGCCAAGAGCCGCCGAGUGGCAAAGUAUCCCCCAUCAAGCAGGAGCAAGUCAGUGCGCCACCACUGGCGUCGGACAAGCAGGUCCUCAAGAAAAGGAGCGGUUUCUUCCAAAACCAUAGCCCAUUCCGCCGCAAGAGCACAAAAGAGACUCCAGGACCGUCAGCAAAUAGAAACACUUGGCAUCCUGUUUCCGCUCAAGGAAGUCCAUCCCGGAGACCGCAGUUGCAAACUCAAGAAACGUCGCAUCUGCUCGGAGACAGAUCGACCAUCAGCCCGGAACCGAUUGAUGCAAACGCCACCCUUGCGUUGAAUGUUGGACAGAACGUUUUCUCAGUCACGAACCCAGAUCUAGAAAGGAGGAAAGGCUCGAAUACUCAGCCUGCUCAGCCUGAGACGGACCCCAUCGCCUUGGCCCUUGCCGAGCUCAAAGGCGUCGGCGUCGGCAAGCAGUCGAGCGUACGUGUCUCGGCAGAUCGCUACCACGGCAUUGCCACCCCAACCCCUGGCUCGCAGCCAUUUUCCAGGUCAGUCCCACCAGCGACAAGCAACGGCGCCGUGACUGCAGGCCUUCGAGGAACGCCGCCGCCUUACGAUCAACAAGUUGUUCAGAGACUCGGGGUGCCCCCUCAGGCAGUGACAGCCAAAGCUAUGAAGGAGACAUCGCAGAAGUUCGCCGACCAAACUCGUAGUAUGUUCAGCCAGGCAAACCGUCCUGGAUCAGGCUAUGGGGGAGCCCCACAAUCUCGACCGAUGACAAGAGGCAGUGAUGUUCCCAGAGCGGCAUCCCCCGCCCCGCUCCGAAGUGCUUCCCCGAGAACGGCACCGUCCGAAGAUGUCCGACACGGUUAUCGGAACUCGCCGCGCAGCGCUUCUCCGAGAACCGGGCCGGCGGACGAGAUACGGGGUGAUUACCGGUCUGUCUCGCCCAACCCCCCAGGAUCCGUGGGCAGAGGCGGAUCGCAAAUGAGUAGCACUCCGAGACGAGGAUCCGAACAGCCUUAUCACAGGCAUAACUCACCUAGCAACAUAUCGGGGACAUCGUCUCCAGCACCUUAUCUGGAGAAGAUGCGGCCGGGCAGCAGCCAUGUUGCCAACGACAUGGCCGUUCAACUCGCGCCUCUAGGCGACGAGAAUUACGGAUCAGUGCGCGGUCGAGGCGGGAACCGUCCCGGGACAAGCUCCAGUAACCGGGCCAUGGGUCUCUACGAAGGAGGCGGACCACCCGGACAAGGCGAGUCAAGGCAGCGGAGUAAGAGUGUAGCAGACCCAUCACGACAGUACACUCGGGAUGGCAGGCCCAUCCUACACUUUGGUGAGUUUUGGAAGAUCUAUCUUUUGGCGGCGGCCAUUCCGGAAGAGCUGGGUUUCUCCAAGGGCGACCUGCUCGCAGUUCUACGUCAUCAAGACGACGGAUGGUGGGAAGCCGAGUUCUUCCCACCCUGUGCUGGGCAGCUUCUCAACUUUCGAGCAGAGGUAUCAGGUCAGCUGACGAGCUCGGUGCCUUUGGCAUUCAGCUGGGACAAGCCAAGGCGUGCUGUGCAAGGAACCACACGUAUCCGAUCAACCCGUCCGGUGGAGGUACUAAGCAAGGCAUCUCGAGCGGCUACAUCCAAGACUGCACAGCGGGCAUUUGUGAACGUGAGCCUUCUCGUAGGAACCUCGCUGUUUCUGUUACCCUUUGCUGCUAUUGCGUCGAUACUCUUUUUUCGCAACUACCUGCCCGAUCAGGUGGUAGUGACCCCUGUACAUCUUCAAUAUGGAUCGGGGAUCAAUCCCUUCGGAUCGGCAAUCAUUCCAACGUCUGCUCUGAGGACACAGCAGGAGUAUGAUGUAACCGUCACACUUUCAAUGCCUCGCUCGCCCGCCAACACUCACCGAGGCAACUUCAUGAUCGCCCUCUACCUCCUGGAUGCUGGCGCAUUAUCGACAGGAGAUGACAACGUUCAACCCCAUAUUCCCCCUGAGCCUUACAGCCACUUCGACGGCAAAUCUGUUUUGUUUUCCUCGCGGCGUCCAGCCCUCGUUCCGUAUCAAGAUCCUCUAGUGUCGCUCGCGUCGCGCAUACUUUUCCUCGCCUACUAUGUUCUUUUUAUGGAGUCUCAGACAUGCGUGCUCACGGUGCCCAUGGCGGAGCGUGUGGAGUUGGCGAAAGGUUCCUCUUUGCCAGCCUCUGCCUAUCUAGAGAUACAAGGAGGUCAGAGCAUCGAGACUUACUAUGCUUCAAUAACGUUGACGGCCCAGCUCCAAGGGUUGCGCUGGCUGAUGUACCAUUACCGCCUUGCAACUCUCACAACCGCUGUUCUGCUAUUCUGGGCGUCGGAGGUCAUAUUCAUGGCUGUGGCAUGGCUGGCGUGGUCGGGACUGUCGGCAUCAGGCUCAGACUCUCGCAUUGGAGCAGCGAGACCGGCGGAGCAGAUGACUUCCAUGUCGCCAGGCCGAGUAAAGAAAGAAGAUGGCAGUGGGGUAGACGAGUUGUCGGAUGCACCACGGACAUUUCCCACAUAUGGGAACCAGGCGCCUUUGCGAUACGAACCCGAAAUCAAAGAGGAAGCACAGACAGGCCCCCGAAUGGAAGAUUUGGCCCCGCUCGGAGGCGAGGCCGACGAUGAGGAAGAGGACGACGGACGGGGUAGCUAUAGGGCCGACUCGGGAAUUGGAACGAGCUAUAGCGAUGGAGGUUCUAGCAGUAUCCGGCGCAGGUCAUCGCAGCAUCGUUAG